ACAACAGGGCAGCGGCCUCUGUGGGCUCCUCGCCCCGGGCUGUGCUGCCUGGGAUCCAGCCCAUCCUUGUGUCCACCGUCCCCUGUGGGAUGGGGACACAGGGAGCUUCCGUUCCGAGAGAGGAAGGCAGAUGCUCGAAGUAAAACACACGUCUUCAAGGAGUGACAGGUGCUGAGAAGAAAGCGGAACUCGGCCGGGGCCAGCUUGCCUCCGACUGACGGUCAGUUGAGGGCCCCUCUGGGAGGCGGCAUCUCAGACACACCUCCACUGUCCCCCACCCAUUCAGAAGCAGUUCCUGGCAAGGGCCACCAGCCUGUGGCUGGACCAGGAUGAGCAUGGAGAGGCACCCCAGCCAGAGGACAGAGCCCCUGGGCAGCCUCCCAGUGCGGGUGAAUUCCGGGAGCUCAGAGCCCGGGAAGCAGGACUUGCCUGAGGCAGGAGCGGAGCAGGAACUCAGGUGGAUUGAGCUGGGCUCCGAGGAGGCCCUGGGAGCUGGGGCCCAGGGGCCCAGGGCCCCACAGGCCUGGGGGGGCCUUCUGCAGGCUGUGUGGAGCGGUCACCCAGGCCUCACAAUGCAGCUGCUGCGGCAGGGGGCCAGUGUGGAGGAGAGGGACAGCGCGGGAAGGACCCCGCUCCAUUUGGCCGUGCUGCGCGGCCACGUGCCCCUGGUGCGGCUCUUGCUGCAGCGCGGGGCCCCGGUGGAAGCCACGGACUGCGCGGGGCGCACGCCGCUGCACGAGGCCCCCUGGCACGGGCACUCGCAGGUGGCCGAGCUGCUGCUGCGUCGUGGAGCCCCGACGGCGGCGCGCUCCGGGGCGGGCCUCUUGCCGCUGCACUGCGCAGCCGCGCUGGGCUGCACGCUGCUGGCUGGGCUUCUGCUGCGUGCGCCAGGCCCGGGCCCCGAGGCGGCGGACGCGCACGGCUGGACGGCGGCGCACUGGGCGGCCGCGGGGGGCCAGCUGCCGGUGCUGGAGCUGCUGGCGGCACGGGGUGGCGCGGGCCUGGACGGCGCCCUGCUGGUGGCCGCCGCGGCAGGGCGCGCGGCGGUGCUGCGCCUGCUCCUGGACUGUGGCGCGCGAGUGGACGCCCGGGACGGCGCGGGAGCCACAGCGCUCAGCGUCGCCGCCGACUUGGGGCGCCAGCAGGACAUGGAGGUGCUGCUUGACCAUGGGGCAGACCCGCGCCUCCGGGACAAGCACGGACGCGCUGCACUCCACAGAGCGGCCGCCAGGGGGCACCUGCCUGCCGUCCAGCUGCUGGCAUCCCGGGGAGCGGAGGUGGACGCUCAAGACUCCUUGGCCCUCACCCCUCUGCACCAUGCUGCUCGGGGAGGCCACGUGGAAGUCGCCAGACACCUCCUGGACAGUGGUGCACAGGUCAACGCUACUGGUUGGCUUCACAGGACACCCCUGCACCUCGCUGUGGAGCGUGGCCACGGCCCCACAGCAGAGCUGUUGCUGAGCCGGGGUGCCAGCCCCGCCGUAGGCACACCGUGGGGUGAGGUGACCCAGGACCUGGUGUCCGAGGGGGACCUGGCCCAGGCCCGGCCCACCCUUGGCAGGGAGCAGAAUGACUGCUAGGGGCACACAGCCCCGUGGGCCUGAGCCUGCAUGGCCAGCACUGGACAGAAACCUCCCCAGUACCACAGCCCUGGUCCUCUACCAGGCUCUGCCCUUCUGCGCUGAGGCCACGGGUGGUGUGGCUCGGAGAACAGCCCAGCCGAGAG